AUGUCCACCCAAUACCGCAAAAUCGAACUCCAAUCCCCCGCAGACUUCACCUACCUCCAUACAAACACCAUCGCCGCCUCCCGCCAAAAACUCGAUCUCCAUCUGCCCCCAUCCGCCAACGCAGACGAUGAGCCGGAUCCCAUGCGCGAACGCGUAAAGGAUCUGGUUGACGAGUUCAUCACCAAAACCUUCACCACCGCCUCCGCCUCCAUCAGCAUCAACGGCCUCGAUGCCUCCUCGCCGCAAUUCCCCUUUCCCGCCGCCUUCACUCAACCCUCCGAGACGAUCGAGUACGAGGCCUACGACACCGAGCUUGCGGCGCGCGUGACCGCGCUGUACGCGCAGCUCGAGGCGCUGACCACGAGCGUGGCGCAGCUGCGGCGGGAGGCGCCCGCACGCGCGGCGAGGGCGUAUGCGGAGGGCCUGCGGAAGGCGAUUGAGGAGGACGAUGGCGAUGCCGACGACGAUGACGAGGAGGAUGAAUAUGAGGAGGAUGAAGAUAAGGAGGUUGGGGGCGGGGAUGUGCCCAUGCCUGACGUCGAGGCGGCGGAGGGAAACCAGGCCACGGGAUCUGGGGAGCGUCGGCAGCGCGCGCGGUCUGCGCGUUGGGAGUUGCGGGUUCCGCUUGGGUCGGAGCGCGAGACGGAGCGCUGGCGCGACGGAGGUAUGACGGCUGUUUACGAGGAUGCGUUGCGGGGGUUGCUGCGGCUGCAGGGCGAGGUUGGGGCUGGGGAAGGGGGUGAGGAUGGGGUAGAUGGGAAUGCGUUGGCCUCGACGCUAGGGAAGGCAGAACGGGCGGGACGCGCGGUGGAAGUCGUGGAGAAGAUGUGA